CCCCCCCCGCCCAACACACAUACACACACACACACACAGUGAGCCGUAGCCGUGCUCGGACGUUAACUCGAACGCUGGGCAGGCUUCACGUCCGCGGAGCGGGUUCGGUUUGCGACGGACGGAUUCUGCGCUCUGUGCUGACUGUCACGGUGGGUCGGGUGCCGUCAGGACACGGAAGUGGUGGCCUGUCUUAGCCAUUGCGAUGCCAGGUGGCGGCAGAGAACCUGGAGGCUAACUAACUAGCUGGCCACGCAGCUUCUGCGGCACUUGGACGACACCAAUAUGCCGGCAGGAGUUUGCGGCUGCUGCGGGCCGCUCAGACCUCGCUACAAACGUCUGGUGGACAACAUCUUCCCAGAAGACCCCAAGGACGGUCUGAGCAAGUCGGACAUGGAGAAGCUGACCUUUUACGCCGUGUCGGCUCCGGAGAAGUUGGACCGCAUCGGGGCGUACCUGGCCGAGCGCCUCAGCCGCGAUGUUGUGCGCCAUCGCUACGGGAACGUGGUGAUUGCCAUGGAGGCCCUGGACCAGCUGCUGAUGGCUUGUCACUCGCAGAGCAUCAAACCCUUUGUGGAGAGCUUCUUGCACAUGGUGGCCAAGCUCCUGGAGUCCAGGGAACCUGACCUGCAGGUCCUGGGGACCAACUCGUUUGUGAAAUUCGCCAACAUUGAAGAAGACACUCCAUCCUACCACCGCCGCUAUGACUUUUUUGUCUCUCAGUUCAGCGCCAUGUGCCACUCCACCCACGAGGACCCGGACACCAAGACCAGGAUCCGAGUGGCUGGCAUCAAGGGUCUGCAAGGGGUGGUCCGAAAGACUGUCAACGACGAGCUGCAGGCCAUCAUCUGGGAGCCGCAGCACAUGGACAAACUCAUCCCGUCCAUGCUCUUCAACAUGCAAGACUCUGAUGACAUGGAGAGGGUGGGGGCAGUGCAUCCGAGCACGCCGUGCGUGUCGGGUCAAGACGGCAACGAGAAUCCGGCGGCGCUGGCCGAGAGCUGCUUCAGAGAACUGCUGGGACGCGCCGCCUACGGGAACAUGAACAACGCCGUCAGACCCGUACUCGUCCACCUGGACAACCAUAACCUGUGGGAUCCCAACGAGUUUGCCGUUUCCUGCUUCAGGAUCAUCAUGUACUCCAUCCAGGCGCAGCACUCUCACCACGUCAUCCAGCAGGUCCUGGGUCACCUGGAUGCCCACAACAAGAGCCCGCCUCGGGUACGUGCCGGCAUCGUACAAGUGCUGCUCGAGACGGUGGCCAUCGCUGCCAAAGGCUCCGUGGGGCCGACGGUGCUGGAGGUGUUCAACACGCUGCUGAAGCACUUGCGCAUGAGCGUGGACCUGGAGCUGGGCGAGGGCUCCCGCAGGAACUCGGGCGCCAGCACCUCGUCAGGCCGCAGCAAGGAGAGUGACGAGCGUAUCGUGCAGAACGCCAUCAUUCAGACCAUCGGUUUCUUCGGCGGUAACCUGCCCGACUACCAAAGGGCCGAGGUGAUGAUGUUCAUCAUGGGAAAGGUGCCCGUCUACGGGACGCCGUGCCACACGCUGGACACCGUCAAGAUCGGGCAUCAGGGGACCAAGAGGAUCCAGACCAUGUUGCUCAGCUCCCUCAUUAUGGUGACGUCCGGUUUCAAGUCUAAGUCGAUGUCGGGGGCUCUGCCGUCCCCCUUCCUGGACCCGCUCUUCUCCAUCUCUUUGAUGGAGGACAGCGAGCUGCGCCAGCUGGUGCUCGAGAUCCUGCACAACAUCAUCGACAGACACGACAACCGCGCCAAGCUACGAGGAAUCAGGAUCAUCCCCAAUGUGGCGGCUCUAAAGAUCAAGCGGGAGAAAAUUUCCAAGCAGGACGUGGCCUUCAUGAAGAAGCACGGUCAGCAGCUGUACCGCCACAUCUACCUGGGCUGCAAGGAGGACGACAACGUGCACAAGAACUUUGAGCUGCUCUUCACCACGCUCGCCAUCCUCACCAUCGAGCUGGCCAAUGAGGACGUCGUCGUGGAGCUCGUCCGCCUGGCCGUCGCGGUGCAGGACAUGGCUCUGUCCGCGGAGGAGACUCUGUCCGUGUGGCUGCGUUGUAGCUUGCUGGCCUUGGUGGCGGCGUACCUCAACUUCCUGAGUCAGAUGAUCGCCAACGCUGCUUUCUGCCAGCACGUCAGCAAGGUGAUCGAGCUGCGCAGCAUGGACGCUCCCUACCUUCUCCCCGAGCACGUCUUCCGUGACAAGUGCCCGCUUCCCGACUGCCUGGACAGGGACGACGCGGCGCUCUUCUUCCAGAGCACUGACAUGGCCGAGAGUCUGGCGGGCGCUGGCUACAAUGCCGACAGACUCAACGUUCCCUAUGUGCCACAGGUCACAGAUGAAGAGCGCCUGACCCGGAGGAAGAGCUUUGUGGACACCAUGUCCUUACAAGUGGACAUCCUGGCCAGCAACCUGCCGGACAAGUCGCAGCUGGCCGAGGAGAUCACCUUCGAGACCCUGAAGAAAGCCAUCGACACGAGUGUCCUGGAGGAUCAAGAACGCGAGCGUCGCCGGCAGGUGAUGGAGAAAUUCCAGAAAGCUCCAUUUGAGGAGAUCGCAGCGCACUGCGAAUCCAAGGCCAACAUGCUACACGAGCGUCUGGCGCACAUCUUUGAACUCACCAUCAGACCUCCCCCAAGCCCAUCCGGCGUGCUGUCAGUUUCCUCAGGCCACACCCAGCACCAGUCGGUGCCCAUCUACGAGAUGAAGUUUCCUGACCUCUGCGUCUACUGAGCGCACGUCCACACAUAGGCGUUAGUAGUGUUGUCACUCAUAUCACAGCAUAUGGAAAGAGCAGUAUCAUCAUCACCAUGCACUUUCACGAGCGUCAAAGAACCUUGAGCACCUUUCAGAAUUCAAAAUGACCUCUGAGAAAAAAAGAAGUUAGGCCUUCUAAGGAAAGAACUUUGGAUUUACAUCUUUGGAUUAACUCCCAAGAAAGUAAAGAACUGUACACAAGCGUGAGGACGUUUGGCAAACUCUCUCUCGCAAGCGGACGCUUCCAUCUGGCCCCCAAAUGAAUGUUAACGAUAGAGGCGCCGCAAACGGGUCCGCUCAAUCAAGCGCAGUAGGAAACAGAUGCCCAUCCGCUUGAUUUUGCCGAGCAAGUGUGGUUUGCUUUAGCGCUCGAUGCUCCAUUUUUCAAUCACAGCCAACUUGAUUGUAUUGCGGAAGACGGGAAGUCCGUCGUCAGUUGUCGGGGCGGCAACGUUGUUUCACGUGGCUUGGUCUGGAUUUGACGCCUUUGGUCCAUUCACAGCAAACGAUAGACGCUCGUUAUUUUGAAAGCGCUUUGUUGUUUGUGGUCGAAUCAUGCCAAUGUUGCGGAAAUAAAGUUCACUCGACACUC